AUGGAGAACUGCACGAUGAACACAACAAACUUCACCCUGUCAGAAGAUUUCUACACGGUCCCGCGACUACCGUGGUCCAUUCUCAUCACGACCACUGUUAUAUAUGUACUAAUUUUCUUCGCCGGGAUCAUUGGAAAUGCACUAGUUGCUUUCGUGGUAUGGAAGAACCAUGACAUGAAGAGUUCUACAAAUUAUUUCCUCGUCAAUCUGAGCAUUGCCGAUCUUCUAGUUCUCAUCAUAUGUAUGCCCAUGGCGCUUUUGGAAACCUAUGUGAUUAGCCCUUGGUUGUUGGGGGAAGCAAUGUGUAAAUUGAGUCCAUUCCUGGAGCGUACCACAGCACAUGCAUCCGUGUUAACGCUGGUCUCCGUCGCCAUUGAGAGAUAUUACGCGAUCUGCCACCCUCUCAAAGCUCAAUACAAGUGUACAACUGGGAAAACCAUAAAGAUAUGCCUUCUGAUAUGGAUCAUAGCCAGCUUGUCAACCGUGCCAAACAUAAUAUCCACAGUUCACGAGGCGGUAAUUGACGGAAACGGCAAUACCGUUUAUGAAUGUCGCACAUAUACUUUAAGUAUUGCCUCAGAAAUCUACAUGAUGAUAAUCAUCCCAGUCCUGUUCUUCGGAUUGCCUUUGCUUAUACUGAUUGUUCUCUACUCACUCAUCAUUCGCACUUUGCAUUAUGCCAACCCGGCGUUAAAGUCAGAAGACUCCAGAACUAUUUCUUUUACUCCGCAUAAAGUGGUGACGAGGGAGGGGUUGGGCAAGCACAAAGUGAGCCGCAAGUUGACUGCCUCGCGCCAGGUAUUAACCGGCAGUGUACACGAGACAAUCCUCGAGAAAGAGGAACAAGGGCAGGAACAAAAACUUCUUGCAAACACAGCCGUACAAGCAUCGGAAAGGGCAAGAACGCGUGUAGUGUACAUGCUUCUAACUGUGGUUACGCUUUUUUUCCUGUGUUUGUUACCGGAGAGAGUAGUCAAUCUCUACUUCACCUUGGCGCCUAACGAAGAUUUGAUAUCGCUGGGCGUCAACGGACACCUUAGCCUUGCGAUUUUCUGUCGAGUGAUGUUCUAUAUGAACUCAGCCGUUAAUCCAAUUGUCUACAAUAUUGCAUCUACCAAAUUCCGCGCCGCUUUUCUACGUGCCGUGGGGAUUCGAAAGAGAAACCUUGGAAGGAUUGCAGAUAUACAACUAGACCCUCUUGCGACCGAGUUUAUUCAACGGCGCCAUAAGAUGGGCAUUCGCAUAUCUACGAAGAAAUUACUGGGAAUAUAG